AUGUAUAGAACGCCCAAUGGCAGUGCCAGCGAUCUCCCGCCGUCAUAUGAAAACUCGGUGCCCAGUUCAAGAUCCGCGUCUCCAGCAAGGACCCCCGCAAGCUCCAGCUCCAGCUCCAACCUGCAAACCAGGAAACCAAAGAAUGUUCCCUAUAGACCGUCCAAGGAGCAACAGAAGCAGAUCAACCUCUUGACGAACGCCAGGAGCAACAAGCCCGUCAAGAACCUCUCCUCCGUGAGCAGCAACGUUCAAACCGAGUAUUUCGACGUCUUGCCCUCGUUUGAAAUGUUUCAGAGCCUUUUGAAACGAGAUGAUCAGCAGUUCCAGGAAGAUUUGUCAGCCAUGCCGCCGGUUUACGGAGACACUACGCACAGCCGACUGAGUCUCCCUACUACUCCCACUGCCAGACUCCUGCCCCAGCAGUCGAUAGACCAGAAUUUGAUGCUGGUCUCGCAGAGGCUAGAGGGUUUGCAGCGAGACCUAGGAGCCGCCGCCGACGACAGUGGGUUGCUACCGGUGAUGAGCACAGCCGAAGCCAACUCGGGAGUCCACAAUGAGAAUGUCGCGGUGACGAGAGAGACUUACGGCCACUCGCCUUUGGACAACAUCGACCGGCUCGAAAAAGCGCAGCAUUCGCCAAUCGAUAUCCAGAUUUUCGUCACCAAGGGAGUGCCGCAAAUCGGAGUCGGGAAUGAAUUGGAGACGAGGUUGAAAGAGUACACCAGCGGCGAGCACGUCAACGGAUACGUUAUUGUAACCAAUACCUCGGAUGCUCCCGUGAGGUUUGGGCUUUUCACGGUGUCGUUGGAAGGAACCAUCAAAUCGCUUGAAAGGAGCCCGCACUCGAGCCGCAAGUACAGCAAGAUCUUGGUGAAGAAGGUUUUGAAAAUGUACGACUUGAGCGCUGGUUAUAGCUACGGCUACUUGCCCAAUAGUGCCGGCAUCGAGUACGAACCGGGCUCGCUCGACGAGAGCGAUGGGUGCCAAGUAGGGUUGCCCGAUAGCAGAGUGAUGGAACCGCACGGCAAGUACAAAAAGUUUUUCACUUUCAAGUUCCCCCACGUCUUGCUUGACUAUGCGUGUCUGGACUCGAUCAUGCAGCACUUGUUGCCGCCGCCAUCGAUGGGGGUCGACAAGACGUGUUUCUACAAUCGAGGCGAAGGCAUCGUGCUCAACAAGGCCUUGGGCUACGGCUCGCUCAACUUGCGCGGCACCCCCGUGGUCACGAGAGAUUAUAGCUUUGACGACUUGAGCACCUCGUAUGCCAUCGAAGCCAAGAUCAUUGACAGCGUCAAUUCAAAGGAGGUUUUCUCGCACGAGGAGAUUAACGAUGCGAAGCAGCACGACUAUGUCAUUUCCAAGAGCGCACAGUACUUUCUCCGAUUUGUGCCCGACGUGAGGGAGCAAGUGGAGUAUUGCAAGACUCAUGAUGUUGCUCACUAUACCGGCGCCGGCGUCGCGAGGAAAUUCAUGGAGCAAUACCAGUACAAUACCACGUGGGACGCCAUCGCGGGGGAAAAUCGCCAAGUUGAAAAGGAAAUUGAAGGUAAGUUUGCAAGCAAACAGCAGCAACAACAGAGCUUGACUGAGAUGAAGAUGAAGAACCUUUCUUUGCGCUCCACUGGAACAACGGUGCUCGACACGGGCGACGUCAAGCGAGAGCCCUCUUACUACAUCAGCAGCCGGCCGAGGGAGAUCUUGGGCAAGAAGAAGAAAUUGCUUGGCUCUUCGACGAUGAAGGUGGGCGAGCUGACAAUGAGGGUCCGGGUACCCGACAAGAUGAUUGCUUACUCAACGCCGCGGUUGUUGAUGAAGUACAACGAGGAAGGUCCCAAGAAUUUAUACGGCAGAAAUCUACACGACAUACUAGACGAUGUCGAAGUGGAAAUCUCGUAUGAAGGCGACGCCAAGCCUCAGAUUGCCUCCGUGGACAUCAACGUUGUCAUCUGGUCGUACUUCACCGAGUAUCCGCUCCCGUUUGAACUUGGCUAUGAUUUUUUCUACAAGAAUUACGAUGAUAGUCAAACGCCGGAAGAAGCCGUGCAAAUCACCACGAGGAACCUCCAGCACUUGAAAGACAAAGUCUCCCACUACAUUGAUUUCGUGAAACAGAACAACGUCGAGGUGAGCAAGGACGCUUUUACCUACUUGAAAGCUGCUGAAAAGUUGGGCGUCAAGAAGGACACUGUGCGCAAAUACUUCAAGACCGCGCACGUGACUGACCACUGGCAGGUGCACAAGGGGGCUUCGCUCCAGUGGAAGAGCAAGUUGAAAGUGCCCUUGGUUGUGGACAACAAGCGGAACGAGAACCUUUUGCCCACUUUCCAGAGCUGUCUCGUGGGGCGAGUUUACUGUUUAGAGGUUGCCGUCAAGCUCAAAGGAGUGGAGGCGAACGACGCUAGCAACACAUUAACUGUGGAUGUUCCCGUAAUAGUGGGUUAG